AUGAUAGAAGACGAGCCUAUUUCAACCCGCGUGUCAUCACACGCUGCAAAGCUCUCCAAAGCUAUUUUCCAUGUGUUGGCCGAGAAACACCUAAAGCCUUCUGAUUUGUGCUACAAGGUAGCAAACGAUAUCGCUGUUCGGCUUCAUCUGAUCGACCAAUAUCUUGGCUCUCUUCCGCCAUACUGGAUAGAGCUUGACAUUGAACAACUCUGCCACUCUAUUCUACAAGACCUACAGGCUAUGACUCAGCCAACAAAAGAGUCGACCAGCCCAAUCUUGCAUAUAUUACCAUUUCUUAAAUCUUCAUUUCACCAGAAGAGUCAUUUAGAUCCAGAGACGUGUCUCGUUGCUUUUUUCAAGACACGAAUAGAAAAUGCCAGAGGUCUCAAACUCGCUUGUGAUGACCUCAUUGGUAGGCUAACUAGAGAAGAAAAUGAUGCGGAUCAAUUACCCGGCUCCGCGCUCCAGCAGCUCGAGAUCCCAUUCAUUUCUGACGAUCACAUUGAUACAAUCUUCAAAGCUCUCCAACACAUUACCCAAUGCGAACCAACGUCUCACGAAGCCGGUAACACGAUGACAUCCAACAAACUAGAACCACAACUGAUACGACAUCCGGCACGGCUGUGUCUGCACGAUCUUUCAGACAGCCUAGGCUCAGCUUCACGCAGCAUUUUGAUCCUUAUAUCAGCCAUAGAUAUGACUCUUUGGCAAGAGUUUUGCUUGAAUAUUCAACCAGAGAGCUCCAUAGACGAUAAUCAGGAGUUUCUCAGUCAAGGGGGUUUUUGCCACGUCCUGGAAAGAGAGAUUACUGCCCGUCUUUUUCUCUCUUUUGAUAUUAAUAAGAAUUUAUCUUUGCUCAAUAAAACACAAGUUUUGAAGCAGAUCCUCCAGGCCGGACCUGGUGAGUCCCUUGGAAGUAUUUUACGCCACUACGAUCUUACACCCAAAGAUAAAGUGAUGCUUUCUUAUGCCAUAGCACGAUCAUACUGGCAAUAUUAUGACUCAGACAUGAUGCGCACUAAGUGGACGAGCGACACUAUCUGGUUCAUGUCUGAGAGAGAGAGCGGAGAACGCGACGACCCGCUGCCUCUAUGUGCCUAUUUGUCGUUCCCUUUUGGCAUGCCCGAUAAUAUCACGCCAGAUAUCAGAUUUGAGGCCCUGCUAAACCAUCGAUGCCCAAGAAUCUUUGAUAUAGGCGAUAGCUUCACAAAUAAGACAUAUUUUGACCGGGCCGUGAAGUUUUGUCUUGAUAGCGAGAACUUUAUCCCGCCAUCGAAGCCAGUUAAGCCGAUUCGAGGAAGUGUCAAACCAUCCAGUGAGCAGACGCCAUCCUUGGACACGGGAGCAGGUAUCCUCGCGCGGAGGAAGAUCUUUUAUAAGAACGUGGUUCGCCCACUUGCAUGGCUAGCUAAAAGAGGCUUUAGAGCGCAUGCCGGAGACAUUACCUACGUCAACAAGAAGCCAGACUUUUCACUACUAGAAGAGGUGUCUAAUCUAAUAUCACAGCCGGAGCCAGGGGCAUUAUUCCACAGUGCCAUCGAUUCCAGAAUGUGGCUCCAGGACCUAAAGAAAAUAAGCGAACAAGUUGAGCGCAAAAGGCGAGCGUGUAAAGUCGCUACUCCGGUUCGAAUUGCAAUCCUGGAUACCGGCUGUGAUGAAGAUUUCAGCGCCUUUGAGACGAGUAAAGACCGAUUUGCAAUGGGGAAAAACUUUGUUAAUCCUGGUGCCACCACUAUGACAGACAGCUUUGGUCAUGGGACCUUGAUGGCAAGGCUUAUUAUGGAGUGUGCCCCUGGUGCCGAGAUCCAGGUGGUGCGUGUUGCUGAAAACACAAAGAAGUUAGGAGAGAACCAGGAGAAAAUAAAGGAAGCCAUCCUUUGGGCGGGUCGGACUGGCAAAGCCGACAUCAUCUCCAUGUCUUUCGGUUUCGCAUACGAUGAUCAAGGAAUUCGCGAAGCCAUUGAGACGGUGCAGAAAGAGCGCCAUGAAGAUAUCAUCUUCUUCGCUAGCGCUGGAAAUUCAUCUACGGAUGACGAAAGCUUCCCGGCUCGCCAUCCUGCUGUCAUAUCUGUCUACGCAACGAACCGUCAUGGCACCUUCCUGCCAUCAAAUUCGGCCAGCACAACUAAUGGCGCCCCUGUGCUCGGUACAUAUGGCGACGAUAUUCCGGACUAUAUCAGAGAAGAGUUUAAAACUACAUAUCCAGACGUUUGCCAGCCUGGCUCCUCAGUUGCCACAGCCAUAAUGGCGGGUAUUAGCGCUACCAUGCUGAUAUAUACCACUAUCUUGCCUUCGCUGGUGUCGCUUCAAGGGCAGCCGGCAAGCAGUGCUUUUCAACGGCUCCGGACGACUAAAGAACACCCUCGGCUCAAUGCUGUAAAGCCGGCAUGGUUCUGGAAAAGCAGGCCAAAUGAUAUGGGUCGAUAUAUGGCUUUCUGUGAUGCAUUGGCAGACCUUCACGGGAGUCUGUGA